AUGAUCAGAGCCGUCAUUUUGGGUGCUCCGGCAUCAGGAAAGACAAUUUCUUCAAGAAUAACCAAAACUUUUAAUAUGCAACACAUUUCAAGUGGUGAUAAAUUAAGAGCGCACAUUGAGAAUCAGACUGAUUUAGGCAAAGUAGCAAAAAUAAUUAAUGAUGGGCGACUGGUUCCUGAUAGUUUCAUGAUCAAAUUUAUACAUAGAGAAAUUGCUAGUGCAGGAUCUAUACCUUGGUUAUUAGAUGGAUACCCUAGAACUCUGCCACAAGCUGAAGCUCUUUGGUCAGCUUAUCCUUUAGAUAUGGUCAUAAAUCUUACCGUUCCAUUUGAUGUUAUAAUAGACAGAGUAAAAAGCAGAUGGAUACAUUUGUCAAGUGGAAGAGUUUAUAAUGUUGGAUUUAAUGAACCUAAAAUACCCGGCAAAGAUGAUAUCACUGGUGAAACAUUAGAACAAAGGGAAGAUGAUCAGCCAGCAUCCGAAAAGCGUCUCACAAUAUAUGAAAACUUGACUAGACCUGUGAUUGAAUUUUACAGAAAAAAAGGCAUCCUCCAUGAUUUUAAAGGAAAUACUUCAGAUGAAAUUUGGCCUCACACGUAA